ACAACCCAGUCUUCAAACAACCCAGUCUUCAAACCACUUGCCUGCACAAUGAAGCUUUCCUCCGCUGUCAUUCUUCUCUCUGUCUUUGCUCUUCCUGCUUUUGCGACGCAGGUCGAGGUGACCUACGACACCUUCUAUGACAAUCCAACCACUUCCCUCAACGAUGUCGCUUGCUCUAACGGUGCCAAUGGCCUGUUAACAAAGGGCUACACCACUCUCGGCUCUCUUCCGUCUUUUCCCAACAUUGGGGGUAUUCCCGACCUCACUUGGAAUUCGCCCCUCUGCGGUACCUGCUGGAACUUACAGUACACCACUCCCACUGGGACACAUGAGAGCAUCUACAUCACCGCUGUCGAUGCAGCGUAUACAUUCAAUCUGUCCCUUGAGGCAUUUAACAAGUUGACGGACAACACUGGCGUUGCUGCGGGCAAGGUCACUGCUACUGCCACCCAGGUAGAUGCGAGCUUCUGUGACAUGUAGUUUGUCACAUCAUUAGAAUAUAUUGAACUUUGAAGAAUCUUUGGGUUACACUAUGGAACUUUCGUCUCACCGUCUUGCUUCUUCUGCCGUUGCUGUUAUAUAUACUUGGCUUUUGGUUUUUAUUCGAAGUACAGUUGUUUACAGUACUUACCCGUUCGUUGUGUUUAGUUGGU